CUCACACCUUAUUUUCUUUUUUCCACUCUAUUAUUUUUUUUUUCUAUUAUCUUUCUUCUUAUUCUAUCAUUAUUUUUUUUUUCUUUCAUUUUGAUAUACAAUGAGUGGACAAGAUUACAUUGGCUCCAAAAUAUCGCUCAUAAGUUUGAGUGAUAUUCGUUACGUAGGAACUCUUCACAGUAUUAAUACAAGCGAUUCUACUGUUUCUCUUGAAAAUGUUCGGUCUUUUGGUACUGAAGGUCGCCGUGGUAAUCCUGAUGAUGAAGUUAUGGCCUCUGAUACUGUAUUCGAUUUUGUCGUAUUCCGUGGUUCAGAUAUUAAGGACUUGCAAGUUUUCGAAGCCCCUGUUAAGGCAGCUCCUCCUCCUCCUCCUCCUCCUUCUAGACCUCAAAACCCUCCCAUCAGACAUUCAAUGGAAGGGUACCCUCCUAUGAAUCCUUACAUGAUGCCUCCGUAUCCUCCUCAAGCUCAUCAAGCAAUGUACUGGCAAAGUCCUAUGUAUCCUGGUCAACAGCCUCCUCUUGGUCAACCUCCAAUGCAACCUCCAACUUCUCAACAAGAACAACAACAACAACAACAACUGCCUCCACAACAACAAAAUCAACAACAACAGCAACAACAACAAUCAGUAUUGCCUCCAACCACCUCAAUGCCUCAACCACCUAUUUCUACCCAACCUUCUGCGCCUGGAUUAGAUUUGGCAGCUAAGGAACAGUCAUCCAUUUCGCCUUCGAAUAUUGCUGCAGAACUUAUCGAUCAACAAGAAAUUGAUGGUGCAGCUGUAGAAAACCUAGCCAAGCAAGUCAGUGAAUUGGAUACGGAUAUCAAGGAAACUGAAGAAGCUCAAUCAUUACCACCAGCACCACAACAACAGCCACAGCAACAACAACAACAACAAAGACAACAAACACACCAACGUCAAAACAAUUACCGUAAUGGACGUCAUGCCAAUGGACCUCGUACACGUGAUAAUAAUCAAAACGCCAAGCAACGCAUUACCAUCCCUCAGUCUGAUUUUGAUUUCGAAUCUUCCAAUGCCAAAUUCAGCAAGAAUGAUUUACUCAAGGAAUUGAUCAAAGGUGGUGAAGAUGAUGAUGUUCAUCAUAUUACUAAUGAUAAACAUCAACAACAUCAACAAGAAGAAGAGGAAGUGAUUAUCCCUCCUAAUGAUGAAGAAUUCUAUGACAAGAGUAAAAGCUUCUUUGAUAACAUCUCUUGUGAAUCCAAGGAACGUCAAGACCAAGAUGGUUCUGUUGAUCGUCGUGGCAAAUUCCAUGAAGAACGAAAAUUGAAUAUGGAAACAUUUGGUCAAGCAUCAGUGGAUCAAUCACGGUUCCGUAACUUCCGAGGACGUGGAGGCUAUCGUGGAGGCUAUCGUGGUAAUCGUGGCGGCUAUUAUCGUGGAGGUAAUCGUAGCAACUACAGCAGAAACACUUCUUACGGCUACAGAUCACAACAACAACAACAGCAAGUCGAAUCUCAACAACAAUAGAAUGAAUUGGAUGAUGGAUACCUUACACUUUCUUUUUUUUUUUUUCUUGUCCCCUUUUGUCUUUUAAUCACUUUUUCUUUUGCUAUGGUUUAGUUUUUUUUUUUUUUUUCGUCUAUAUUAGUAUUAUUUACACUUUCUCACUGUCUCCAUUCUCUUUUGUCUUUCUUUUUUU